AUGGCGGCGGUGGAUCUGUCGAAGCUGCUCAAGGAGAAGCGGUUCUGGGCAGCCUCCUUCCUCAUCGCGUGGGCGGCGGGGCUCCAGGGGCACAUGAUGUGGUUGAAGCGGCAGGACGCCUUCAAGGACAAAUUCGGCGACCCCGAAGGCGAAGCCCCCAACAAGGUCACGGAGCAGCCGGCCGACGACAGCACCAGCCUCGCAGGCGAGCUCACCGCCGACGCCGAGAUCAGAUAG